AUGUCAACGCAGACUGUAACAUGUUCUGGUGUAAGCACGCCAACCUUGGAACCUCUGGGAGAAAACUCAUUCACACCACCAUCUAUACGUGCUCAUUUCGAGACAACACAACAGAACAUGGAAAGAUUGAGAAUCGA